AUGGUUGCAACUGAGGACCUCACCAUCCUACAUUUCAACGAUGUGUACCACAUCUCAGAUGCCACCCUAGUUGCACGUUUCGCCUCCGUGUUCACUGAUCCCCGCCAUGUGACCGGCGAGGCCGCCGUGCCGGAGCAUCUGCUUAGAAUCUUCAGCGGCGAUGCGUUUUCGCCUUCCCUUGAAGCAUCGGUUCUUCGUGGAGAGCAUAUGCCGGCGCUCCUUAACUCGUUGAACAUAGAUGUUGCCUGCUAUGGUAAUCAUGAUUUUGACUUUGGCGAUGACCGCCUCGUCCAACUGUCUAAACAAACCAUCUUCCCGUGGACUCUCGCCAACGCGGUCCGCAAUCCCCGGAGCAGCGGUAAUGAUUCUCUCUUGGCCCAAGCUAAGGAAUAUGUCAUCCAGAAUGUCGCGGGAUAUAGAAUAGGCUUCUUUGGCCUUGCUGGCACGUACGUAAUAUUGAAAUACCUCUACCUUGGCGACUGGCCAUCCAAUUGCCAGCACUUGCCAAGCUGUGACAUCCUUGAUCCCGUGACGGUUUCCAAAUGUACAGCACGACAUCUCCGCCAAAAGGAGCGUUGCGACCUCGUCAUUGCACUGACGCACAUGCGCCUCGCCGAGGAUAUCGCCGUAUCGCAGGCUACGGCUGACCGGGACGAGAAAGUCGAUCUUCUACUGGGUGGACAUGAUCACAAUGUCGUUCGAAGGGCACCGGGAGAUGACGAUAUCGAUGCGAAUAUCACUCAGCAAGGCGUCCCUCCUAGUGAAUCAGCGGUUACAGACUACGAAGGCGAUGUGCGAAUCGUAAAGAGCGGCACCGACUGGCGCGUGCGGCAAGUUGAGAAUCUGAAGCGGAUGUCAAACUACAACAAGAUUCCGGAGUGCCCUAGAGUCCUGAAAAUCAUCUCAGACAUACACAGUAAGAUUGAAAAGAUGGUUCAGAGGCCCCUCCUUAUGACGGAUGUUCCUCUCGAAGGCAGAUCGCAGGUCGUGCGCAGCCAGGAAGCAAACCUCGGCAACAUGCUUGCAGAUGCGGUGCGUGAGUUUUACAACACCGACAUUGCCGUUGUCAAUAGUGGCGCGAUUCGCUGCGAUAGGAUCAUCCAGGCGCAGCAAAAUACUCCCUUGCGCAUCCGUGAUGUUGUCGAUAUCAGCCCCUUUGACAAUGCCUUUGUCGUCAAACGUAUUAGUGGCCGCGUUCUCACAGAGGCCUUUGAGAAUUCCGUCUCGGAUGCUCAUAUGGACGGACGCUUCUUACAGGUAUCGGGGCUGAAGGUGAUGGCAGAUUGGAGCUGCCGGGAAGGGCAGCGAGUCAGCGCCAUUACGUAUCUGCCCCGAGACGGUUCCUCGCAGGCUCUGGCGUCGGAUAGAAUGUAUACCGUCGCCAUGAUAGACUUCAUAGCCUCGGGGUUCGACGGCUAUUCCUGCUUUCGGGAUACCGAGACCUUGGUUGACGCUGAAGGGGCAAUGACGGACACAAGCCUUUUGUUACAGAUCUUUGACGCCGCGCCGUCGCAGCAAAACGAUGGUGGCAUAGUCGACAGCAAUACGGAGGGUAUUCAGAGAGCGAAGAAGGCGGUUAUUCGAAGAUGGCAUCCCAUCACGAAACUGCCCGUAAUUGGCCCAUCCACAGAGGGCCGGAUACAGUUUAUCAAUAGAGCCAACUUGUGA